CCUCUUCUGGCACUGAGAAAGAACCCCACACACUACCUGUCACCAAAUCAACUCAUGCAACAUAUCAUUCAUUGCUCCCUAACUCUCUCAUCCUCUUCCUCACUUCCACCAAAUGGCUCUUUCUGCCUCUCUGCUUCAACUUCAACCCUCUUCACAAAAGAAGAAAACUGCUGUUUCCAGAAGUUGGGUUCUGCUCGACCACCAUGGCAAACCCACUGUGCUCGAUGCAGACAAGCAUGCCAUCAUGCGCCUCGUUAAAAUUCACGCCAGGGAUCUUCGGAUUCUCGAUCCUCUCUUAUCCUAUCCCUCCACCAUUUUCGGAAGAGACAAAGUCAUUGUUCUCAAUCUAGAGCACAUUAAAGCUAUCAUCACUGCAGAUGAGGUGUUUCUGAGAGACCCAACGGAUGAUGACGUUGUGCCAAUUGUUGAAGAGCUUCGACGACGGUUACCCAAAGUAAGUGCUUCUAGGGAAGGCCGAGGAGAAGAAGAGACCUGUGCUCAAGAUGGUGAAGGAGGAGACGAAAAUGAAUUUCCAUUUGAGAUACGGGCUUUGGAAGUUUUAUUUGAGGCAAUUUGUAGUUUCCUUGACGCACGAACGAGAGAGUUAGAGACUGCUGCUUAUCCAGCUUUGGACGAACUUACCUCUAAGAUUAGCAGUCGUAAUUUGGAUAGAGUGAGAAAAUUGAAAUGUGCAAUGACGAGGCUGACCAGUCGUGUUCAAAAGAUUAGAGAUGAACUAGAAAACCUACUUGAUGAUGACGACGACAUGGCUGAUCUUUACUUAUCAAGAAAGUCGACGGUUUCAUCAUCUCCAACAAGUAGCUCUGAUGCUCCCAAGUGGCUUUAUGGUUCUCCAAAUACAGGUUCAAGAAUACACAAAUCAAGCAGAGCAAGUGGAACAACAGUUCAAAGGGAGGAUGAUGUUGAGGAGCUUGAAAUGUUACUUGAGGCCAAUUUCAUGCAAAUUGACGGCACAUUAAAUAAAUUGGCCACUUUGCGAGAAUACAUCGAUGACACAGAAGAUUACAUCAACAUACAGCUUGACAAUCACCGAAACCAGCUGAUUCAGCUGGAGCUCUUCAUCAGUGCCGGCACUGUGUGUAUGUCCUUAUAUUCAUUGGUGGCUGCAAUAUUUGGUAUGAACAUUCCAUACACAUGGAAAUCACCAGGCCACGAACAUGUGUUUAAAUGGGUGGUGAUCUUUGCGGGAAUGGUUUGUGCAUCCUUGUUUUUAUCCAUAGUAUCUUAUGCCCGACGCAAAGGCCUUGUCGGGUCUUGAAAAAAUGUAAAGCCUAAAGAUGUCGCUAGGGAGACAUCAGGUUCAGUCAAAAGUGGUCAAUUUUCACACAUUGCCUCAAAACAAUACUAUAUUUUUUUGAAUAUUAUGUUUAUAUCUCUUUCUUCGUAUUAUAUAUCUGUUUCUAAAGUGAACACAUUAAUUUUUUCACUAACCACUGAGAUUAUUUAUCUUAUUUUUUAAAAGCGAAAUCCCUUCAUUUUAUCAGUCAAAGUCCCUUACAUGUACAAGUGAAAUAAAAAAAGAAGACAUUAAUUGUCUUUCUAAUGUAUGGUAUUUGGUCAAAUCAGUUCUGCUCCAGUUCCAUCUUCUUACGGCACCAUCGAUUAUGCGCAUGCAGGUAUCAAUUACUGCAAUCAUACAAUUAUUAUGAAUUUAUCAUCGUUUCACGACAAUUUCUGAUCUCGGGGCGUUCUCCUCCACCACUUUGGUUUGGGCCCAAUGAUUAUACAUUGGUUUAUUUUGUCCAUAAUAAAUGGUGGUAUGAAAAAGUGGGAGAAAAUAAUCAAGACAAGAGUAAUUAUUGGUAGCAUUUCUCCCAGGUAAUCAUGUUAUAUUAGCAAACAAUGAAGCAUGGUCAGGGUGUGGACGUGAUGUCUGAACUUUAGAAAAUUAAGGUUAGCACAAAAAAAAGUUGUAGUUGUCGGUGGUAACUGUUAUUAAUAUAUACAAAUCCGUGUUUCAAAUUCCCAACACUUUCUUUUUAACCUCUGACGUGGAUUGACCUCGAGAUGCAUGGUUUUUUAUUUUUAUUUUUUGUUCACAUUGCACAGGUUUCAAUUACUGAAUUGCGCAUGGGCCAGGGGUAAGUGGUGAGGACCCUUUUGCAAAUAAGAUAAAAACGAAGAUCACAUGUUCUAUUUUUGGACAAAGCCAAUUGAAGGAGCUUUUUAACUUUGGGGUUUGGUUUGGUGUGUGGGAACCUAAUUUUAUUAGUUUAUUUUAUUUUGUUUUAUUUUAUUUUCUGGAUGAGGAUAAAGGUACCCUAACCAACAAACCUUCAAUGCGAAGCAAAUGACAUUCGGGCACGUAUUUAACAUUUC